AGAUAAGGCCCAAGCGUGUGGGAAUCUCUGCCCUACCCUAUCAGCGCAUCGGCAUUGGCAACGCAUCUCGCAAUUGAUACAGGACUGAUUCCUUUCUUUCGCAGGACUUCUAAUGUCAUGCACACGAUGAAUUACGCAACUUCAGCACCUGCUGCCACUGCUGGUGGCCAGCAAAACGGACCUCCUGUAUGCCAGAACUGCGGUACAAGCACCACUCCGCUAUGGCGUCGCGACGAGAUGGGCUCGGUGCUCUGCAAUGCUUGUGGUCUUUUCCUCAAGUUGCACGGCCGUCCUCGUCCUAUCAGCCUAAAGACCGACGUUAUCAAGAGUCGCAACCGCGUCAAGACAGCCACCGGCCCCAAGAAGAAGCCUUCGCUUGAAUCACCUGGCUUCCACCAUGAUCCCAACAUGUCAAUGGGUGCCUAUCCUCCUCAGCGCCGCGAAUCCGACCGCAUGUCUUCGGGAGAACACCAUCGCUCUCCUUCGCCAACCUCUCGCACAAACGCUCCCGCUCAUGUCGUCCAUCACAAUCCCAAUAUCGCUCCCCAGCACGUCUUCGAUAACGUCUCUCUUGCCGAGUCUUCCUUCCAACCCACCGGCCUGCCUACAUUUGCUCUUCGCCAACCCUCUCCUGCACCUUCCGCCAACGGAAUGCACCCCGAGCACGCCCACCCAUACUCAGAGAACAACAGUUCGCUGAAGACACGCGUGAGCGAGUUGGAGGUCAUCAACGACCUCUUCCGUGGUAGAGUUGCCGAACUCGAACAGAGCGAGCAAGACGCCCGUGCAAAGGCAUCUGCGGCCCGUGAUGCUGCAGACCAAUACAAAGCCGACCUCAACGCUGCUUUGACCCGCGAGUCUUCUCUCAAGAAACAGUUUGAAGCCCUCGAAGCCGAGUUUGAGCAGUACAAGGCUCACAAUGCCCCUCCAUCGAAACGUUUACGCCUUAGCGACGUUGUUCGUGACGAUAGUCCCUCGGCUGACUCGAAACCCGUCGAGUCUACGACUACUACUGUGGCUGCUUGAACGACCUUUCCCACAAAAGACUUGUGAUUUAAUGCUUACGGCGGCGUUGGUGUUGCUUUUGUUAAUGAUGUCAGGAAUUAGACCAUACCCCGUUGUCACAUCCUGUUGCUUUAUGCUUGUUUUCUUGCAGCUCCUCACACUUCACUCCUCUAUCAGCAUAGAGAAAGAGAGAGCACGAACCCCUUCUACGGAAAGAAUCCUACCCAAAAGACAAAUACGAACCCUUUUUACCACCUACUA